UGAGCGCAGUGUCCCGGAGAGGGAGGGCAGGCCGACCAGGUGGGCGCGAACGGAGCCUCGGCGGGCGAGCGACCGUAGCCGAGCCGGGCGGUGGGCCGCGCCGGGUGGGCGGGCGCCGCGGCAGCCGCAGCGGGUUGCCGAGCCGAGCCGUCCGAGCGGUAGCUGCCCGCCCCGCGCCGCCGCUUGUAGCGGGGCGAGGAAAGGCAGCAGCAUGGCCAGCGUGCUGUCCCGGCGCCUUGGCAAGCGGUCCCUCUUGGGAGCCCGGGUGUUGGGGCCACCUGGGGCUGUCCCACCCUUGGAGCCGCAGGCAGAGCUGCUGGAGGGGGCGGCUCCCCAGCCCUUCCUUGCCUCCAAGGACACGUCCUGCCAGGAGCAGCCCAAGGAAGUGCUCAAGGCUCCUGACACCACAGGUCCUCAGCCAGUGGCCUUUCAGCCUGGGCAGAAGGUUUGUGUGUGGUAUGGGGGUCAAGAAUGCCCAGGGAUGGUGGAGCAGCAUAGUUGGGCAGAGGACAAGGUGACUGUCUGGCUGUUGGACCAGAAGUUACAAAUCUGCUGCAAAGCGGAGGAGGUGUGGCUGGCUGAGCUGCAGGGCCCCAUCCCCCAGGCGCCACCUCCAGAGCCUGGAACCCAGGCACCAGCCUACCGGCCUGUCUCCAGGAACAUUGACGUCCCAAAGAGGAAGUCGGAUGCCGUGGAAAUGGACGAGAUGAUGGCGGCCAUGGUGCUGACCUCCCUGUCCUGCAGCCCCGUUGUGCAGAGUCCUCCUGGGGUCGAGGCCAACUUCUCUGCUUCCCGCGCCGCCUGUGACCCGUGGAAGGAGAGUGGCGACGUGUCAGACAGCGGCAGUAGCACCACCAGCGGGCACUGGAGCGGGAGCAGCGGUGUCUCCACCCCCUCCCCUCCCCACCCCCAGGCCAGCCCCAAGUAUUUGGGGGAUGCCUUUGGUUCUCCGCAAACUGAUCAUGGUUUUGAGACUGACCCAGAUGCUUUCCUGUUGGAUGAACCAGCUCCCCGCAAGAGAAAGAACUCGGUGAAGGUGAUGUACAAGUGCCUGUGGCCCAACUGCGGCAAAGUCCUGCGCUCCAUCGUGGGCAUCAAGCGACACGUCAAAGCCCUUCACCUGGGGGAUACCGUGGACUCCGACCAGUUCAAGCGGGAGGAGGAUUUCUACUACACGGAGGUGCAGAUGAAGGAGGAAGCUGCUGCCUUGGGCGCCCCCGCAGCUGACCUGUCUCCCACCCCCGGCGUGACCAGCCCACCCCUCGCCAUUCUCCCACCGCCUCCUCCCAAAGCCCAGCCCUCAGGCCCAGAUCACCCUGGCCUGGAGUCCUACCUGCCCUCUGGUGCUCUCAGCAAGUCAGCUCCUGGCUCCUUCUGGCACAUUCAGGCCGACCAUGCAUACCAGGCCCUGCCAUCCUUUCAGAUCCCCGUCUCGCCACACAUCUACACCAGUAUUAGCUGGGCCACUGCCCCCUCCACGGCCUCCUCCCUGUCUCCGGUCCGGAGCCGGUCGCUAAGCUUCAGCGAGCCCCAGCAGCCACCCCCUGCCAUGAAAUCUCAUCUGAUUGUCACUUCUCCACCCCGGGCCCAGAGCAGCGCCAGGAAAGCCCGUGGGGAGGCCAAGAAAUGCCGCAAGGUAUACGGCAUCGAGCACCGGGACCAGUGGUGCACAGCCUGCCGCUGGAAGAAGGCGUGCCAGCGCUUCCUGGACUGAGCGUCCAGCGCCUGCCCAGAGGCCUGAGGACAGAGGCAGGCGUGACCCAAGCCCUCAGCAGAAACUGCAAAGCUAGAGAGUGGACAGUGGGAGUUUGGGCUCUAUUGGCUAAGGUUUAAUUCUUAAAACACUUUCCCUUCCCUUGCGGGAACGUUUUAUUUUUUAAAAGAAAAGAAACGAAAAUAUUUUUUUUUUCCUCUAAAAUAGGAAAGAGCCAAAACCGACCAAGGGUAUUCUGCAGUGAACCAGAGACCAAAGAAUUGAUUAACUGCCCCCCCCCCCCCACAUCCCGCCUCUAGGGGAUUAGUCUGUACCUACGGAAAGAAGGAGCAGCUCAUUCUGUUUCCUGCCGAGUUGGUGAAUUCUUUGCUCUCUCACCUCUUCCAGAAGGGACUAUGAGCAAGAUGAAUUUACUUUUCUUACAG